AUGCCCUCAGUUACACUUUGGCCUCGCCUACACCCUUAAAUGACUGAGGCAAUGCUUUAUGAGACGUUUAGCCUGGUUGGCCCAUGUUCUCAAUUUGAGCCUGCAGGGAUGUUCUUUGGGCUACAUGUAUGUGAACUUGGAGCUGCUUUGGCCACCAUGAAUUUUGAUGUUAUAAAAGGAAAGCCAAUAUGCAUCAUGUGGUCUCAGCAUGAUCCAUCACUUCACAAGAGCAGUGGGCAACAUAUUAAUUAAAAAUUGGACAAAUUUAUUGAUAAUAAAGUACUGUAUGGUAUAUUUUCUGCUUUGGGUAACAACUUCUCAUCUAAGGUGGUUUGUGAUAAAAAUGGGUGCAAGGGAUAUGGAUUUGUACAUUUUGAGACAUAGGAAGCAGCUGAAAGAACUAUUGAUAAAAUGAAUGGAAUUCUUCUCAAUCAUCGGAAAAUACUUGUUGGACUCUUGAAGUCUUGUAAAGAACAAGAAGCAGAACUUGAACCUUGGGCAAAAGAAUGCAGCAAUGUUUACAUCAAGAAUUUUGAGGCGGAGAUAAGUGAGUGGAACAACAACAACAAAAUUAAUGUAGCAAAAAGCUGGUUACUUGAAAAAAUUAACAGAAUCAAUAGACCCUUGACAAAACUAAACAAAGGAAGGGACAAACAUCAAUAG